ACCGUCGUGUCUCACUGUUUUAUUGCAAUAUUAUGGUCUGACGCGGGAGGCGCAGUUCUCCGCCAGGUGCGCCUCCCCUCCAUGCUGCACCUUCCCAUCCCAGCGCUGCUGGCUCUGGCUGCUCUAUUGCCUCCUCAUCCGCCCUCAGCCCACUUCUUCUUCGCAGGGGGAGCUGACUUGAUGCGCAUAAUAAAUCAUCUCCGCAAGAUUCCUUUUCAAGCCCAGGUUCAGAGCUGCGUUUGUUGGAUAUGAGAGCGUAAACACAGGCGAGAGUCGAGCCUCUUAACUGGGGAUGUUUCAAAUGUGAUUCAGCACAGCAAACAACGUGGGUGUUGUGUGCGUGUGUGUGUGUGCGCGCGUGUGUGUGUGUGUGUGUGUGUGUGUGUAUGUUUUUUUUUUUUUUUUUGGUGGGGAGUGGAGGAAAAGGAGGAGAGCAGCGAUAUGAAACGCGUGUGUUUAUACCUCCUGCGUUCCCCGUUAUCGCUGACUGACCACCGGCUCAAUUUCACCUGUAUGAACGACCUUGCGAUCGUGACCGAAAUUUUCCUAACAAGGUUUCCAUGGAGGAUCAGUGUGGCGCUUUUUCCGUGAGGGCUGAAUUCGGUUCCUGUUGGUCUCAAGAUAUUUCAAGAUAAGAGGUCAAGCUCCCCUCUCUCAGAGAACACGAGUGCCAUUUCAAAGCUUAUUGGAUGAAAGUCUCAUUUGCCCUUGGCUGCCAAAGAUGACGUUGCUAUGGAAACAGCUUCUACUAUUAUCAAUCAUCGACCGUCUGGCAGACUGUCUGGACAGUGGAUCAUAUCAUGGUCCAAGAUGGAGGAUGGAGCCAGGUGACUUGUUCAUUCCUGUCGACUCCAUAGAGGAAGAAGCUACUCUGACCUGUGACGCUAAGGGGACACCACCUCCACAGUACAGAUGGUCAUUGAAUGGGACUCACAUAAAUCUGGGCCUGGAUCGCCGGCGGCGUCUGUCUGGGGGCAACCUCAUUAUAAGCAGUCUGGACCGCCAGCAGGAUGUAGGGCUGUACCAGUGUAUGGCCUACAACACUGUAGGAGCUAUCCUCAGCAGGAGAGCAAGUCUGCAGUUCGCCUACUUAGAUCAUUUCAAAGUCCACACCAGAAGCGCGGUGUCAGUCCGAGAGGGACAAGGAGUGGUGUUACUUUGUGGAACGCCUACUUCCUCAGGAGACCUUACUUACGCAUGGGUCUUCAAUGAGUACCCGUACUUUGUUCAGCAAGACAAUCGGCGUUUCGUCUCCCAGCAGACGGGAAACCUUUACAUCGCCAAGGUGGAGCCCUCCGAUGUGGGUAACUACACUUGUGUGGUGAUGAACAGCAUCACAAAGGGCAAAGUUCACAGCUCACCUACGUCUUUGAUCCUCAGGACAGAUGGAGUGAUGGGUGAAUACGAGCCGAAAAUAGAAGUUAAUUUCCCAGACAAUGUACCCGCCGCAAAAGGAUCAACAGUUACGCUGGAGUGUUUCGCCCUUGGGAACCCGGUCCCAGAGAUCACCUGGAAGAGAGCUAACGGCGUUCCCUUCCCCAGCAAAGUCAAAAUGAAGUACUCGAAAGCCGUGCUGGAGCUCCCCAGCUUCCAGCAGGACGACACGGGAGGGUACGAGUGCGUGGCUGAGAACAAGAUGGGGAAGAACACAGCCGCCGGGCGACUGGCCUUCUAUGCCAAGCCUCAGUGGAUCCAGACCAUGAAGGACACGGCCCUGGCCAUAGAGGAGAGGCUGUACUGGGAGUGUCGAGCCAAUGGCAAGCCCAAACCCUCCUACACGUGGCUGAAGAACGGCCAGCCGCUCCUCUCAGAGGACAGGGUCCAUGUGGAGGAUGGAGUCCUGUCGGUGUCAGCGCUGACACUAUCUGAUGCCGGCAUGUACCAAUGCGUGGCUGAGAAUAAACACGGCGUCAUAUAUUUUGCUGCUGAACUAAUGGUUUUAGCCUCUCCUCCAGACUUCACAGGGAACGUCCUCAGAGCUUUGCUCAAAGCCAAGGCAGGAACUACAGUGACUUUGGAGUGUAAACCCCAGGCCUAUCCCAUCGCCAGCAUUUUAUGGAAGAAAGGAAACCUGCCUGUCCACACCAAUGACAGGAUCACACUUUCCCCAGACGGAACGCUGAGGCUCGCCAACGUGAGCAAGUCCGACGCAGGCAGCUACACGUGCUUCGCUAGGAAUAGAUUUGGCAUGUCGAGUACAACAGGAAGGCUCCUUGUUACCGAUCCAACCAGAAUCAUCCAGGGGCCAGUGGACAUGGAGAUCAUUGUGGGCGAGAGCAUCGUGUUACCGUGUCAGGUCACCAGCGAUCCCGUCCUUGACGUUUCUUUCUCCUGGGCCUUCAACGGACAGCUCAUCGCCAAGGGAGACGGUCACUUUGAGCUAGUGGGUGGGAGAACAGCAGGAGAUCUGAUGAUCAGGAACAUUCAGCUUUACCAUGCCGGCAAAUAUAUCUGUGUGGUGGACACGGACGUGGAGAGCCUGUCAGCUGUGGCCGUAUUGAUUGUGAAAGGCCCCCCCAGCCCACCAGACUCCGUGACGGUGGAGGAGGUGACAGACAGUACGGCCCAGCUGACCUGGAGCCCCGGCAGAGACAACGGCAGCCCCAUCACCAAUUACCUCAUCCAGACCAGAACUCCCUUCACUGUGGGCUGGCAGAGGGUUAACACAGUCCCUGAGAUAAUAGAUGGGAACACACUGACAGCCACUGUGGUGGACCUCAAUGCCUGGGUGGAGUAUGAGUUUCGGGUUUUGGCCAGGAACAGCGUUGGGGUUGGAGAACCCAGCCCUGUGUCCGUCAAGACCAGGACUGAGGACGCAGUUCCUGAUGCGGCGCCAGGUGAUGUGGGUGGAGGAGGCGGGAGCAGAUCUGAACUGGUCAUCACAUGGGAGCCUGUCCCCGAAGAACUACAGAAUGGUGAGAGCUUUGGUUACAUCAUUGCUUUCCGCGCCUUCGGAGAAGUUAGCUGGACUCACGUGGCCACCUCUGCCCCCGGUGCGUCACGCUAUGUGUACCGCAACGACAGCAUCGCGCCCUUCUCUCCAUUCCAUGUCAAGGUUGGCACUUACAACAGCAAAGGACAGGGCCCUUUCAGCCCCGUGGUCACCAUCUACUCUGCAGAGAUCGAGCCAAGUGGGAUGCCAGCAGGGGUUUGGGCCAGAAGUGUCUCAGCCUCUGAGAUUGAGGUGAAUUGGCAGGCUCUCUCCUUCACCCCUGAAAGGGUUCUGGGCUACGAGGUGGUUUACUGGGAAGACGACACUAAACCAGAGACCAUGGGGAAGGUUAGGGUGCCUUGGAACCAAACCUCGGUCACGGUGAGCGGCCUGGCGGGAAACACGCAGUAUUUCCUAACAGUCAGCGCCUUCAACACAGCGGGCACCGGCCCCUUCCUCCCUGCAAUCAAUGUUACCACAAAAAAGCCACCACCAGCCCAACCUCCGCUCAAUGUUGAAUGGACCCUAAUUGGCUCUCAACUGUCUCUUUACUGGGAGCCUGUGGUGGCAAUGGAAUCAGAGUCUGAAGUUACAGGCUACCAACUGUCAUACAGGAGACAGAGACACAAAGACGUAAACAUACUCACAACAGCCAAUUCAACAGCGGAGCUGACCCUCCCCGACGACGACGACGACUACAUCAUCCACAUUCAGACGCUGAGUGAAGGAGGGCUGGGCCCGGCCUCGGAUCCCAUACGAAUCCACCAAUUAAGUAUGAGUGCCCGCGGCUCGAGAGCCUGGAGUGUGGACAUCUCCCCCCUCUCCCUGCUCCUCGCCAUUGCAGUAUCAACAUUGAGGUCAACGUCGUGACACAGUGACAGACUCAACGUUCAGUAUUGGUAUUUUUUUUAUUUUUUUUUUAAUUCGUGAAAAUUGCCAACUUUUUUUUCUCUCUCUUUUUUUGGAGGUGACACCGUACAAUUCUGCAGUGUUAGUUUGCAGGUAGGAAACAGCACAAGAAUGGAGCGUGCUGUCAGAUACUUGCUUAACAGUAAAUGCUUGAGCUUUUUUCUUUUUUUCUUUUUUUUUCUUUUUUUUUCUUUUUUUUUUUUUACAUGGGUCUGUUUUGACAUUUUUGCUGGUUGGGAACAAUGCUCCAUUUCAAGUCUUUUUUUUUUUUUGGACUAGAAUGAUACAGAUGCCUUACUUCCAUUCAUGUGCCAAAGUAGUUUCAGCCUUCUUGUUGUUAUUGCAAAGAUAGCUACAUGCUUUCCUCAACAUUUUACUCCUCACAGUUUCUUAUUAUUGCAGCUCUCAGUGUACCGUGCAGAGGGCCGUGAUAAGAAGUUGUAUUUUGUAUUUUUGAAUAUUUUCAGUUUAACUCUCUACAUCUGAAUUGGCGAGCAGGAACAUGUUCAUUCGCCCGUGCCCGUGCCUUUGGAGAUUCUUGUAACGGCGCCACUUAUUGACUCUAGCCAAUGAUACUUAGUGUUUCAGGACAUACUGCAGCCAUCCUCAUCUUUACGUGCUCCAUUAAAAGUUGGUUGUGCCCCAGAUGAAACUCAUAAAAUAGCCCACAGUGCCAGUGUUAGCCAUUUACCUUCUAUCAUUUGAUUGUGGAAAGCUGAAUGUACCACGAGGGUUCCUGAAGGUUUUAAAGCCUCAGAGCAGUUAUUGUGAUAGCCCGCUGAUUGAUGGAUUGGACUUUACUCUGCAUUUACAAAGAUUACAUUUGCCUGUAUACAGCAGUAGUGGGAGCGGUAUACAGCAGCAAGUGCAUUUCCUUCAACGCUAGUGCUGAAACAAUCAACAGAAAAUAAUCAGCAGCAAUCAUUUAAGUCAUUUAUCAAAGAAAGAUUGCCAAACAUUCACUGGUUCCAGCUUCUCAAAUAUGUGCAUUUGCUUCUUUUCUCUGUUUUAAACAUAGGGUAUUAAAACCCAGCAAGGUGCACGUUCCAUUACAAUCUAUUUGCCCCCACAGGAUCCGACUUGGAGGGUAUUAUCCCGCUUUAUACCAUAGCCACUUUCCAAAAAACUGCUAUAUGUCAUCAAAAUAAAAAUAUCAGUCAUUCAAUUACUUACAUAACAUCUGAGUUUUCUGCUGUUACAGUGAUAUCAUGAAACACAGAGUAAUACCUGUAUCUUAAAACUGCUGCUGCAGCUAAGCAGCACACAGCUGAUAGCAGGCAGAGAGCACUUUUCACAAAGCUGGGCUAAAGUGUUUGAGCCUGGUUCCACACAUUCUCUGGCAUGAAGUGAAACAAAAUCCUAAUUCAUAUUACAUCAUGUAAUAUCAGGCUAUAGUCGAGUUCAAAUCUUUACUAACUCUGAAAUCACAUUUAGAGUUAGAUGAGAAGAUCAAUAACACUCUCACAUCUGCCCGAUAACUAUGGCGGUAAAGCCAGGAGUCGAUUAGCUUAGCAUAGCAUAAAGACUGGAGGCAGCUAGCCUGGCUUUGUCCAAUGUUCACAAAUACGCCUACCAGCACCUACGAAGCUCUACUAAUUAACACGCUGUUUCUUCGUUUGUUGAAUCAGUUAGGGGCCAGCAUACUUCAUCAGAACUGCUUGUGGGAUUGUCGGCUCCACAGUUAAUGCAGAGACAUGAGAGUGGUAUUGAUUUCCUCGCCCGACUCCCAGCAGGAAAGCGAAUAAGGACAUUUCCCAAAAUGUUGAACCAUUUCUUUAAAGAGUAAUUUCAGUGAAUGCACCCAAAUCACAAAAUAGCACAGUGAAAAUACGAGAACGGGGAAUAGCAGGUUCAGUUUUUGAAUGUGUGAGUCCAUUCUUGACGUCUGGAAAAAUUAACCUCAACUCAAGAUCCACUUACUAGUUUUAUCCAGAGCUUUCAACCAUACACUAUAAAAGCAAAUUAGGUGUUUGCUCAGUUGUCAGGGAUUAUCAUGAGACCCAAGUUCCUUACUUCAGUCACCUGACUGUGGUUAUGUCAGCUGGACCAACUCUAUGAGCAAACUCAACAUUUGCUGAUGAAGACUGUGAGAUGUGGUUGAAAGCACAGCUUCAAAUGGACUUUGAGUUAAGAUUAUUUUGUCAAACCAGCCAAACAUUAGUGCAUUCAUUUAUAAUACCAAACAAUUAGGUGCCAAAAGUGUCUGGUAAUGGUUAUCAAGCGUAAAGAGACACCUGCCCAGCCAAUCAGAAUCCAGAAUCCUCAGUGGUCAUGGUAUAUAGUCAGUCUUUUAGUUUUAGACUUGCUAUAGCCAUUGGUUGUAUAUAAAGAUGGACAACACGUCUCCACUUCCUCCCACUUUACAAAAAUGAAGCCAAAAUACCCCAGACACUGGCGCCGCCAUCUUGCACUGGUGAUGUCAUUUGGAGCCAGAGUCUGCGCAGUAGUGAUCAGGAUCCCACCCACCAACUCAAUCGAGGGUCAAUCACACCGUCAAUCAUUACAUCACACCCCUUUUUAUAGCGUCAAAUAACUAAUUCAAACCAAACUGAGGAGAGAAAUGACCACUUGAACAUAGAAAUACCUAAAAUGAUAAAAAAACAAAACAAAACAAGCAAUUUGAAAACGUCACCUUGGCCACUGGGAAGUAGUGAUGCACAUUUCUCACUCUUUUGAGACAUUUUAGAGACUGAACUAUAAAUAGGAAAUACAACUGUCUGAUCCAUCAAUAAUGAAAAUAAUCAUUAGUGGCAGCCUUAGACUGCAUCCAUCUGGGCAGUGCACAGCUAGUGCCAGUCAACGUGUAUCAUCAGUCAUUACAGUCAAGACAAGAGGUUUAAAGUGCUGCCGAUUGUGCCAGUCUGAUAAUUGAAAUCUAGCCACCAGCUUAGGCGUUACUUGGCAAAAUGUAUGGUCAGCUGUGUUUUAAUAGUUUGUGAUUCUGUUCUUUGUUGUCAGUUGUAUUGGGCUUUUUUUUAUGUGGUAUAUGUUGUCAUUGUUCAUUUAUGUAUUUAAGCGUAACCUCACUGCUCAGGUAUUCAGACCUGCUUCACCCUAUCUUUCAAUCGCUGUAAAAUGGCUGGAGCAGAUAGAUCAGAAAUCUGUCAGCACAGAAAACAAAGCUCUAUUUAACAGUGUGACUUGACAAAUGGAAAGCCUGACAUGUGCCAUGAUUUAGCAGACAUUAAACCAUCUUAAUAAAUUAAAGCAGGCCUGAGGGGCUUCUAUGGGAGAAGGCAUAGGAGUAAUGGUACUAAUGACACCCACACAAGACUAAUAUAUCAGGAUUUAGGGAGGACUAAAUCAGGACAAUCCCAUCAGGAUGAAACGAGAAAGAUUCAAGUGUGUGUGUGUGUGUGUGUGUGUGUGUGUGUGUGUUUUGUUUGUUUCUGAGCAUGCAUGUGCGUGGUUAUUCCCUAACCCACGGUGUCAUGGGGAAGUGUUUUCAAGAAGACCGUACAGCUAAAAAAAGAAAAAAAAUGUUUUAUGUGCUUAGCCGUAGUUCAGGGCUUUGAGCAACUGAAAGCUUUGCGGACAUUCAAAUAGAGUAAUACGAGGUCAGUAUGGGAGGUUGAAAUGUCGGUUUUUCUAUCAAAUUGCAAAGGAUUGCCGGUGCAAAAGAGCAAGUGGGAAAAAAGCUCCACAAAACCAAGGCCAGGUCAGGUGCACCUUGCGAGAUAAAAUUUGUAUUACAUGUGAAGACAAAAGGUUUUCUUCCCCGAUGAGUGUUAAUACCUUUCUGAAAGCAGUCUUUGAAUCCUGUUAUGUUGUUCUUGUGGCUUUACGUGUGGUUAAUCUGUAUCCAUUCUUUCAUCACAGAAUGUCAUUGUUAAGCUAACAGGUGUUUACACAGGAAAUGCAUCUUUCCAGCUGAUUUAUUGAUUAUAUAAACUGAAAAAAGACAACAUUACACAGUUUAUGAACUUGUGUCUUGGGAAGCAUUGCCAGCCUCUUUGUUUUGUAACGUAUCAGUACUGUGGAGAUGUUUUAACUUUGAUUUUCUCUCUUUUUUAAUGUUUGCUAUGGUUCCUGAUUGUUUAAUUCAUUUUUUCUUCCGACAAUUCUGCACAAAGGUCAAGUGUUGAUUUAAAAUAACAAUUAAGAGCCCCCAACUCGGAGACCAAAUUGUGGUGUCACACUUCCAAUUCUAAUUCUCAGUCAAACCCAGAAUUUGAAAAAAGAAAAGAAGAAAAAAAAAAGGAAAACAGGAGCUGCUUUCACACACAGCCUUUUGGUGCAGUGACACAAACGCUGCCUGUUACAAGGUAGUCAGCCAGUGCACAGUUUGUCUUUUUAUACCAAUGCAACUUUACAAUUUUCUUGCUACUUUCAGGAUUAGAAAAGACAGAAUUGAUCAUAAAAUAAAAAAUAAAAAAAAGAGUUACCUAUAAUUUGUAAUUCCAUAAGGAUUAUUGAUAAAAUACAAUUACAGCUCUGGGUGACAACGCUUGGCCUUUCUGUUAUGACUCCUCAGUAUUUUGAUGUCCAGGUGAUCUCCGUGAGAUCGUGGCAUAAACGUUUUCACAUUGAAAAGACAUCAGCUGAUCUUGAUAUGCUGAAGCUGUGCAUGUAUGAUAUCGUUUGGUGCAUUUGUGUUUUCUAAAAUGAGGGAGUUAAUAAAAACAAUUCACUGAG